AUGAGGAGUGGUAACAGAGACAAAACGCAUAAAGACAAAGCUGGCUCUAAUAAAGCAGAUAGGGCAGAAGAAUCAGCUUUGAAGUCAAACCAAAAGAGAGCUAAUCUUGGCGAUAUUAAUUCAAACAAAAUAUCAUCCAUAGCCCAAUCUAAGUUAGCAAAAGUUUCAUCUGUAGUCCAAGAGUCUAAAUCGACCAAAGAUAAUGAACAGCAAAAUCAGCAAGAUGAAGAAUGUACCGAUGAAGACCUAUUUGAUGAUCCCUUGAUAUCUGUAGAUAAACAACUAUUCGUUGGUUUCUCACAACAGGAUGAUGAAAUAUCAUAUACAUCUCAAAUAUCCCAAGAGUCCCUUCACUCAAAUAUUGUAGAAAAUGCAAAUUUAACAACUGAAGCUUUUAACUACAGUAUAACUAUUGUAGACCAAAAGAUUGGCUCUUUGUAUCAAUUAUGUCGUAAUAUAGCAAAUAGGCAGAAAGAUAUGUCUAGAGAUCUUAGAAAGCUUGUUGUAUUUGAUGAGCUUUCUAAUGGUUUCUGGAAUAUAGCAUAUAAAAAAAUCUUAAAAGAAUUAAUUCUGGAAACAUUAUACCCCGCUACCAAGAAUUUUACUGACGAUCAACUAGAAAUAGUUGAUAGUACCACAUCUUCUUUAAAACUAGUUGAAUGGAAAAAUUGCAAAAAAACUCACGAUGUUUACAAUUCUCUUUUUGAGAAUAAUGAACUAAUAACUUCUAUUUGUCUAUUAGCCUUUAGACAAUUUUAUGAUAAAAGUCCUCCACCAAUGCACUGUGCCUAUACUAUGGCAAUUUGUGAUAUUUUGUUAAAUCUCACUAGUUCUAGUAUAAAAUGCUCUGACAAGUCUGUUACUAGACGAGAGGCAUAUAAAAUGAACCAAUCUAUCUCUCAAGAAAAACUUGCAGAGAUUGCUCUAGAAAAAGAAGAAGAAGCUGCUAUGGCAAAAAAUAAAAAAAGAAAUUUAAAAGCUGAUAUCGCUGACGAAAAAAUUAUCAAAGAUGAUAACGACUAUGAUAAUUUCACAGAAUUUGAUUUAAUUAUUGGCAAUAAUCUGUUACUAAGGAAUUAA